AUGUCAAACAAAUUCCUGUUCAUCCUCAGAGGCUUGUUCCCAGAAGAUAAUUAUGAAGAUUACCAAGUUGGGAGUCUUAUUCUAAAACAUCUUAAGAGAGAUUAUAGUCAAGAAGCAAAUUCGUUAUUGGAUUGGCUGGAAGCUGGCAUUUUUGAUGCCUUAGAUCAUCAACAUCUUCGUGCUAUCAUCUUUGGUAUCUUUCUUGAUCCAAAAGAACCAAAUAAACUUGUGGAGUGCUACACUUUCAAAGUAUCUUAUCCUAAUGGCGAGCCUUUACUGAGAAUCGAAAAUAAUAAUGGUGAAUUAUUGACAACCGCUGGUGGUGGUCGUGACGUCACAGCUACUGCGCGUGAAGGAAUCACUGUUGGUGAAAUAAAAAAAACCACCCAACAAUUAUUAAGAAGGUUAAUUCUAUUAACUCAGACAUUAAAGCCGUUACCAGAUAACCGUUAUAUCGUUAUCAAGCUUCACUAUUACGAAAACGUAACUCCGGCUGAUUAUGAGCCUCCAUUCUUUCGCGCUAGUAAUCUUGCUGAAGAAGGUCUUAUAUUCAAUUCUCGACCUGAAAAAAUACCUGUCGGUGAGGUUGACACGGCGUAUCACGGCAUAAAUUUAUCAAUUCAAACGAUAUCUGAUGUCCUUGAUAUUGAAGAUGUCGGAACUGAUUCUACUACUGACAAAAUGUUGGUUGAAUCUAAUAAUACAAUAAAGGAUAACGAGAAGUCUUGGAAUGCCGAGGAUGAUUCUGACUCUGAAAAUGGUCCAAAAGCAACCAGGAUUGAUAUUCCUCCAUUGAAUAGAGAUCAAUAUAAUGACCGAUCCAACAGACGAGAAAUGUCUGUAGUAUCAAAUGUUCCGGCUUUGGCGUCUAGGUCAAUGUCUAGAGAUAGGCGAGAAAUGUCAAUAAUAUCAAAUAUUCCAGCUUUAACAUCUAGAGUAACUAGGUCAAUGACCAAAGAUAUUACUACUAACAAUGCUUAUGAUAUAUCUAUGUCGCGUAACAGCGUAUCAAAAAAUGAAAGUACAACACAACCUAUUGACCACCUGCUUUCGAACAAUGCGGAUCGAAAUCGCCGUUCAACAUCUGUUGCUUCAAGGUCGUCGCAACUAAGGACUUAUUCUACGCAACGGCGCAGCCAUUCAUCUACUCUCAAUCCGCCGCAGGAUGUGUUCGAUGUACCUGUAAAUUCUCAAAAUUCUCCUGUAAUUAUUGAAGAUGACGAAUCUUCUAAUGAAAGUGUGGAUAAUACACAUAACUAUAAAUGUGAUUGCGGUGUAAAUACUCGCGACGGUGAUAUGAUUAAUUGCACUAAAUGUGAUACAUGGGGUCAUGUUCCUUGUUACGGGUACAAAUCUCUUGAUGAUUCUCGCAUGUCAAAAUAUCAUAUCUGCUAUCGAUGCUUGCGAGAUGAAAAUAAUAAUCUUUGGGAAUUAGAUGCUCUUAUAGACUUAGCUUUGUUUCGACGUUCUUUAUGGAUUAUUUGGAAAGAAGGAAUUCCUUCAACAUGUCGACAAUUUGCUCAACGAUUGGGCGUAAAAUUGUCUUGUGCACGUCAGCUUCAGACCCGCCUGAAAACUGAAGGAUUUAUUGCCCCUCCUCCAAAGCCUUCUAAAAGGAAGGGCAAAGCUGUUGUUGGAAGUAACACUUCUAAUUCAAACAUUCCAUUUGAAGUAAUAAAAACCGAAGAGAACGCACGCAAAAUGGAUGAUUACUUUAACCCAGAUAUUGGAGUGAUGCCUCAAACCAAUGUACUUGAGGACACAAUGUCUCAUAUGUCUCAUGAUGAAUCUGAGAAAUCUGAUG